ACCUGGUCUAUCCGUCUAGCCCAAUAAAGAAGGGGGGAAAAUAGGGCCCCACAACAACAACAUAAACCAGAAUACUCGGCUACAUACAACUCGAUUGCCUAACCGAAGAGAUCCCCUCCACAGGCUCAGACCAUCAACACAAAACUCAAUAACCUAAAGCUACCACUUGCAUCAAAAUAACUCAGGGAACAGUGAAUAAAGAAAAGAAAAACAUCUUGUUAAAAAAGUUUCUUUCUUUUUAAUUUUUUUUUUCCUUUUAAAAGCCCUCCACAAUAUUAACACAUUGUUUUGACACGAACAACACAUCAAAUUCAAUAAAAACAAAAGAAGAAAAAGAUUAAUUGGUCAGUACCAAAAAAAAAAUGGAAUUUGUAACUGGACUCAAGAAAAAUCACUAUUGUUGUUGUUUUUAUUAUUCUGCUCCUAAUUACACUUUUUCUUUUCCCUAUUUUCCUUUUGUUUUCUUUUUAUUUUUAUUAUUCUUUCUUUUCGAUCCCUUUUGAAUUUUUUUUUCUUCUUUCUUCUAAUUCAUUGUUCUUCUUCGAUAAUAAUUCUCAUCUUUCCCUUUCUUGACUUUCACGAUAUUUCGUGUUUUUAGAGAGAGAGAGAAAAGAAAGAGAAAAAGAGAGAGAAAGAGAAGCUCUUUUGGGUUUUUUUUUUUUUGAAACCCUAAGGUUUCCUCUUUGAUUUUGGAUCUCCUUCAAUGGAGCCUGGUUCGGAAGGAGAAACUAAUCAGAUCAAAAUUCCAAAUAAAAACAAUAACAAUUCCAAUGAAGGUAACAUUAAGCCUAAACGACAGAUGAAGACUCCGUACCAACUCGAAGCUCUCGAGAAAGCCUAUGCUUUGGAGACGUAUCCAUCGGAAGCGACACGAGCGGGGUUGUCGGAGAAAUUAGGAUUAACAGAUCGGCAGUUGCAGAUGUGGUUUUGUCAUCGGAGAUUGAAAGAAAAGAAGGAAACUCCUUCAAAAACCCCUCGCAAAGGCGCCGCGUUACCGCCGGAAUCUCCAAUCGAUGAGUUACGAGCCGUGCCGGAGCCGGACUACGGGUCUGGGUCUGGUUCGGGAUCCAGUCCGUAUAUGGACUCAAGGAAGUUAGGGGGAAGCCCAUCUCGGGGCAUGAUGGAGGAUGUGCCGAUGGUGAUGAGGUAUUAUGAGUCGCAGCAGUCGAUAAUGGAGCUCAGAGCAAUUGCUUGCGUGGAGGCACAGUUGGGGGAGCCAUUGAGGGAUGAUGGGCCUAUACUGGGAAUGGAGUUUGAUUCAUUACCUCCCGAUGCAUUCGGAGCAAUUCCCGAGCCAGAUAAGAAGUCUGGACAUCCUUAUGAGAGCAAACUAUAUGAGCGACAUGAUGGCCGGUCAAGCAAAGCUGCUGCAAGGACUUUUCAUGAGUAUCAGUUUCUUCCAGAGCAUUCGAGUCUUAGAUCUGAUGCAUAUGGACAAGUUACUCAGUCUCAUUUUCAUGAAUCCCCAGCCGAUGGUGCAAGGGGUAGAGCUACAUCAUUUGUGCAUGGAGAGGAACCAUUGUCCAGGGUUCAUGGUAUCCAAGGUCAUGGUUCUCGGGUUCGUGUGUUACCUCAACAAGACAAGACAGGAAUUAUUCCUUUGUCAUCUCAAGUGGCUGAUGAUUCUCUUGCAGAAAGGGAGUCAUUUACAAAUGGCAGAAUUAAUGCUCAGUCUAUUUCCCAUUCAGUUUUGGGAUCUGAAGAUCCAUAUAUGUUGUCUGCUGGGCAAACCUUUAAUAAUGAUGCUGAUCUACGAAAUGAUAGGAAGCGCAAGAGUGAUGAAAGUAGAAUUGCAAGGGAAGUUGAAGCACAUGAGAACAGGAUUCGAAAAGAGAUUGAGAAACUAGAUAAUAAAAGGCGAAAGAGUGAAGAAAGAAUGAGGAAAGAAAUGGAAAGACAUGAACGUGAAAGAAGGAAGGAAGAAGAGAGGUUGAUGCGUGAGAAGCAGCGGGAAGAAGAGAGAUCGCAGCGUGAGCAAAGACGUGAAAUGGAAAGAAGGCAAAAGUUUUUGCAGAAAGAAUAUUUAAGAGCUGAGAAAAAGAGACAAAAGGAAGAGCUUCGCAGAGAGAAAGAGGAAGAGAGACGUAGAGUUGCUAGGGAGAAGGCAACUGCACGAAAAAUUGCUAAAGAGUCCAUGGAUCUUCUCGAAGAUGAACAGCUAGAACUCAUGGAGUUGGCUGCUGCUAGCAAGGGAAUACCCUCAAUUAUUCAUCUUGAUCACGAUAGUUUGCAAAAUCUUGAGUUAUUUAGAGAUUCUUUAAGCCUGUUUCCCCCCAAGUCUGUGCAAUUGAAAAGACCAUUUACCAUUCAACCAUGGAUCGAGUCAGAGGAGAAUGUUGGGAAUCUUCUCAUGGCAUGGAGAUUUUUGAUUACUUUUGCUGAUGUUCUCAGACUAUGGCCAUUCACUCUUGAUGAGUUUGUGCAAGGUUUUCAUGACUAUGAUUCAAGGUUGCUGGGCGAGAUUCAUGUUGCUCUUUUGAAAUCAAUAAUAAAAGACAUUGAAGAUGUUGCUAGAACACCAGCGACUGGAUUAGGGAUGAAUCAGUACUGUGCUGCCAACCCUGAGGGUGGACACCCUCAGAUUGUUGAAGGGGCAUAUUCUUGGGGUUUUGACAUCCGCAAUUGGCAGUAUCACUUAAAUCCAUUGACAUGGCCUGAAAUUUUCCGGCAAUUAGCAAUAUCUGCAGGCUUUGGACCACAGUUGAAGAAACAAACUGCUGGAUGGACGUACAUGGGUGAUAAUGAUGAGGGUAAAGGUUGUGAAGACGUAGUUUCUACUCUACGCAAUGGUUCAGCAGCUGUGAAUGCAUUUGCAGUGAUGCGAGAAAAAGGCCUGUUACUUCCAAGAAGAUCGAGGCAUCGUUUGACACCUGGAACUGUCAAAUUUGCAGCUUUUCAUGUUCUUUCACUUGAGGGAAGCAAAGGAUUAACAGUGUUAGAACUUGCAGAUAAGAUUCAGAAAUCUGGACUUCGGGAUCUCACAACUAGUAAGACACCAGAGGCUUCUAUUUCAGUUGCUUUGACAAGGGAUGCAAAGCUUUUUGAAAGAAUAGCUCCUUCAACUUAUUGCGUACGACCUGCCUAUAGGAAAGAUCCUACUGAUGCUGAGGCCAUACUUGCAGUAGCAAGGAAAAAGAUUCGUCAAUUUGAAAAUGGGUUUUUAGGUGGAGAAGAUGCUGAUGAGGUUGAAAGAGAUGAGGUGGAAAGAGAUGAGGUUGAAAGAGAUGAAGACUCUGAAUGUGAUGUUGAUGAGGAUCCUGAAGUUGAUGAUAUUGCUACUCCCUCAAUUGCAAACAAAGAUGCUGACUAUCCUAAGGUUGAAGUAAACAUUUGUUCAGGAAGUGAAAAAGUCAAUGCCUCAACUGAUGAUGCACUAAAUGUUCUGGGUGAAUUUGAUAAGGAUUUUCCAUCUUUCCCUUCAAAUACUGUGAAGGAUGCCAAUGGUCCAAGUAACACUGGAUUAUAUGUUGCUGGUGAGGAGAAUGGAGCAGGCAGUCCUGAUCAACAGAAUAUUGAAAUCGAUGAAAGUAAGUCUGGUGAGUCAUGGAUUCAGGGUCUUUCAGAAGGUGAAUAUUCUUAUCUUAGCGUUGAGGAGCGCCUAAAUGCCCUUGUUGCCUUAAUUGGUAUUGCAAAUGAAGGGAACUCUAUCCGCGCUGUGCUGGAGGAUCGUUUGGAAGCAGCAAAUGCUCUUAAAAAGCAGAUGUGGGCUGAGGCUCAGCUGGAUAAAAGUCGUCUGAAGGAAGAAACCAUUAUUAAAAUGGAUUUUCCAUCUGUGAUGGGAAUCAAGGCUGAAGCUCAACUGCCUAAUUCUGCCGUGGAGGGCAGCCAAAGCCCAUUUCCUGCUGCCGAUAAUAAAAAUGAUGAGGCAUCUCCAAGCAUUCCAGAAGACCAAAAACCCUUUCUAUGCUCACAAACUGUUCAGAAUGACGUCAAUAGUUAUCCUGCUGAAAGGGCCUUGGUACUUCAAGAGGCCUCCAUGGGUCCAGAUAACUUCUCUGGUCAGCAGCAUGGAUAUGCUUCCAAAAGAUCACGCUCACAGUUAAAAUCAUACAUUGCCCACAGAGCGGAAGAGAUGUAUGUAUACAGGUCCUUACCUCUUGGCCAAGAUCGUAGACGCAAUAGAUACUGGCAGUUUGUUGCUUCUGCUUCUAAAAAUGAUCCUUGUUCUGGCUGGAUAUUUGUUGAAUUACGUGAUGGAAAUUGGAGGCUGAUUGAUUCUGAAGAGGCCUUCGAUGCUCUUUUGGCAUCUUUGGAUGCACGAGGCAUCAGGGAAUCCCAUUUACGGAUAAUGUUGCAAAAGAUUGAAUCUUCCUUCAAAGAAAAUGUUCGCAGGAACUUGCAGUGUGCCAGAGGAAGUGGAAGCUCCACUGAAAAUGAAGCUUCUGAAAUAGAUUCUAGCACUGACUUUCCUGCCAGUUUUGACAGUCCUUGUAAUGCAAGUUGUAGAUUGAACUCUGAUGCAUUAGAGAUAUUACCUUCUUUCAAAAUUCAGCUUGGGAUAAGCGAAAAUGGGAAAAAGUCAGCCUUGAAAAGAUACCAAGAUUUCCAGAGGUGGAUGUGGAAAGAAUGUUAUAAUUCCUCAACUUUGUGUGCCUUGAAAUAUGGGAAGAAGAGAUGUGUGCAGCUGUUGGUUGUUUGUGAUAUGUGCCUUGGCUCUCAUAUCCCAGAGGAGAUGCACUGUGGGUACUGCCACCAGACAUUUGGCUCCAUUAACAAUAGUUUUAAUUUCUCAGAACAUGAGAUUCAGUGCAAAGAAAACAGGAAGUUAGACACCAAGGAUACACAUACUCUUGAUUCUUCUCUUCCCUUGGGAAUCAGUUUGCUAAAGUCCUUGUUUGCUGUAGUUGAGGUAUCUGUUCCACCAGAAGCCCUUGAAUCAAUUUGGACAGAAGGCCAUCGAAAGAUUUGGGGCAGGAAGCUGCAUGCUACUUCUUCCACAGAUGAACUCCUAAAGUUGUUGACUCACCUUGAGAGUGCCAUAAAGAGAGAUUAUUUAUCAUCUAACUUUGAGACAACGAGGGAAUUAUUGGGUUCUAGUCUUCAGUCAGAGAGUGAUUUUACUGAUUCUGUGCUUCCAUGGAUACCCCAAACUACUGCAGCUGUAGCUUUAAGGCUUUUGGAGCUUGAUACGUGCAUCAUGUACGUAAAGCAGGAGAAAGUUGAACCUGCUGAGAACAGGGAAGCUAGAGCAUUUAUAAAGCUUCCGUCGAGAGCCUCUCUUUUCAUCAAGAAUAAAGAGCUUGAAUUAAAAGAACUAGACCCAGAUGAGCCUAUGAGAGAAGAGAACUUUGCUGACCUGAGUAACACUAGGCGCAACAACUAUAAACGGGGAAGAAGGGGUCGUGAACAAGGAUCUGGUAGAAAAUGGCAGAGGAGAGGUUCUGGUUUUAAAUAUGAUACUGGCAAGCAAAUUGCUAGAGAAACCAAUAAUUUAAGUCUCCACCUCAAACAACAGGUUCAAAGAACAAAUGGUCGAAGUUCUGGACGUGGCCGUCGAACAGUUAGAAAGAGAGCAGAAAGGAGAGCUGCGGAUAAUACUCAGGCAGCUCGUAUGGCUGAUGUGGUUAAACCCAAGGCCAGUGCUGUAUCUGUAAGAGACUUGGAUGAAGAUUGGAGGGCUGAAAAAUUCAGGAUGAUGCAAAUGGUAAAACCUCCUGAUAGUAACAGUGUGGAAGAGGGGUCUGAUGAUAAUGCCCAAGGUGAGGGAUAUGAGCAAGGUAACUGGGAGCUGGAUUUUAAUGGUGCCUCUAGUGGGUGGAAUGGAGAACCAAUGGAAGCUAGUGAUGAAGAUGAUGAUGCUUAUGAAGAUGAUAAUGGCGAUGAACAGCUGGGAGAAGAAGAAGAUUCGGAUGGAGAUUUGGAGAUGAGUGAUGCAUCAGACGAAGUAGCGAAGAAAACUAGAAAUGGCGAUGGCUCGGACUCGGCAGUUUCUGAAGGUUAUAGCGAUUAAACUGUUGCAUUCGAAAAAAAAAUUCGGUGAUGCAUGAGCUGCGUUGUUUUUAAACUUGCAGCUUCAAAGGCGAGUGAAUGAGGGCAGGGGGAACAAAAUUAGCAGCUCGGCCCCUUCUCUCUAGACCGUGAGGGCUAAGUAAUUAUAGAAAACUAGAGAUUAAUGCAGAUUUGAAAUGCAAGUGAUUACAAAAGGUUGCUGACAUGAGAGCAUUCUUUUCAGGAAUCAAUGGUUCGUCACUUCGUUGUAUAGUAGGAAUUUAUUAAUAAAGUUUUAAGUGAUUUAUAUUUAUCUACCAUAAAUGAUUCCGCUGGUCCACAUCGGAGGAAGCAUAACAAUUAAAUGAUGAUUUCUAGGUUUAAGUUAGCAACUAAGAUUAAGAAAUUAAUGGACCAUCACCUUCCCCAGUUUAAACCAUCUUUUGGAAUUUGUGAGAAUUGGAUGACUUGAACAAGGAUUUGCAUCACUCAAAAAAAUAUAUAGUAACAGCAAACAGUAUGGUACUUGUUUAUAAGGUACAAAAUUGUUCUACAUCACAACUUGGAUUUCUCUGCAGUGCUAAUAGACAUUUUAUUCUGGAUGGCAAAUGCGUUACAUAACGAAUAACGCAGCUUUGAACAUAAGGGAAAGAG